AGCUGUAGAGUAGGACCGAGCAGCAGAGGGAGCUGGACUCGCUGAACGGCCGCGACGUGGGCGGGUUUGCGCUGACGUUGGCCACGUUCGGGAUUAACUUGUUUUUCUUUUAUGUCGCCAUGUCCCUCGUUUCAUCGAGCUGGCGACAGCGGGGAACGUCGCUUUGCUUCUUCUAGGCCGUUCCUUCGAGCCUCCUCUGUGCGCUGGAUAGUGGAGAUGGGAAGCGGCCGCUGUCCCGCGGCGCAGACUGACAGCCGGGCUGAGGAGCAGCGGACGUCGCGUUGACCGAGCGUACGGCGCUCAUGUCCCGUCACGCGGAUAAUAUUAAUAAUAAUAAUAGUAUUAAUAAUAACAAUGGGGGCUGACGGAAGUAAAAGCAGGAAGAAGGACUCAGGAGGGGUGGAGGAUGAGCACAUCCCGUCUGGGUGGAGGGGUCUUCUCUCCAGCAUGGGCCUGUCUCUCCCAGCAGGCCUCUGUCGCCUGGCCCCACCCGCCCUCCGUCUGGGCCAGCUUCGGAUGCUCCAAGGCAAGGCCCCCGAGGUUCCUGAGCAUGUCCUGAGGUUGGCAGGAGUCGGUCCGGGAAGGCUGAGAGCAGAAUGGAGCCUUCCGGGGUUCAUUGCCAUGUUUCUGCCUGAAUUCCCCCACAGAACCGUGCCAGGGCACGAACACUUCCAGGUUCUGGGUUACAUUGCCAAAGGUUCGUUUGGACCCAUUCUGAAAGUGAGGGACAAGUCCAAACAGAAAACAUAUGCUGUUAAAGUCAUACCUAAAUCAGAGAUUUUAAGACUGGCGGUUUUGGAGCAGGCAAAAGAGGAAGUUAUAAUUCAGAGUCAGGUCCGCCACCCAUUUGUCCUCGACCUCCAGGACUGCUGGCAGACUCAGCGCCACCUUUACAUUAUGUGCGACUACUGCAGCACAGGGGACCUCUACACCUACUGGCAGAUGAUCGGUCAAUUCUCAGAGGAAACCGUGCGAAUGUUUGCAGCAGAGCUGGGAUGUGCACUCGGGUUUUUGCAUGACUUUGGGAUUAUCCACAGAGAUGUGAAGAUGGAAAACAUCUUGCUGACAGACAAUGGCCACCUCCGUUUGGCUGACUUUGGUUUGUCCCGUCGCCUGGAGAGAGGAGGCAGAGCCUUCACAAUCUGUGGAACCAUCCAAUACAUGGCUCCAGAGGUGCUCAGCGGUGGACCCUACAACCACGCAGCUGAUUGGUGGUCGCUGGGAAUUCUGCUUUUCUCAUUGGCUACUGGGAAGUUCCCUGUGCCUCCAGAACCAGACCACUGCAGUAUGUUGUGGAAAGUGAGGAGCUUUCCCUAUGAAGUGCCCCUCAGUCUCAGUUCAGCGCUCUCCAUGCUAAUAACAGAGCUUUUGUGUAAAAAUCCCCUGCGCCGCCUGAGGACCCUGGAACGUUUCAAACGUCAAACGUUCUUCUUCGGAACGUCUUUUGACCUCGACCUCCUUCAGCGCCAGCCUGUGGAGGUGAUCCUGGAGCUGAGAGAGAGACCAGAUCGUGCUGCCAAAGCUCGACGGGGGCUCACUCUGUCCCUGCAGCCUCUGAGGGGUUUCGACUUUGACUCACUGCUCAGCCCGGACGCCACGCCAGACACACAGCUGGACGGGGACGCACUCGCACGCACGGCUGUGCCUCUGCCCGGCCCCUCUGUGCCGCCCCCUCAGGAAAAAGCUCCACGCAGGGAAGUGUUUGUAUGACGGACUACAAGUCAACAUCUGAUUUAUUUGACACAAAAAAAAAAAACAGGAGAUUAAAAGUAAUGGAGUACAGAGCCGUAUAUCUCCCCAUAUUCACUGUGCCUCGCAAAAGUAUCCGUACCACUUGAACCUUUUCACAUUCUGUCACUCUGCAAUCACAAACUUCUGGGUAUUUUUGGGGGAUUUUAUGUGAAACACCAACUCAAAGCAUGGCAAAAUUGUAAAGUGGAAGUGAAACUAUAAACAGUUUCAAAUCUUAAAAAAAAAAGUCCUUUAUUUGUGUCACACUUUGAUAUUCAGCCAACAUGUAUCAAUACUUUAUACUAAUCGUUAACCUGGCAGCAGAUUCUCCCACCUGAGCUGUGCAUUUAUACUGAGAUUAAAUGGCACAUACGUAGCACUGGGUUUUAUUUAGAGAAAUUAGAGUAAAAGCAUCUGAAUACAAAAAAACAAAACUGAAAAACGUGUAUAUUUAUCUUCCUACUUCACAAUUAUGUUUUACCUUAUGUUGCGUUAUCCCAAUCCGAAAAAUAUAAAUUAAAGUCCCUGGUUGUAAUGUGAUGUAAUGUGAACAAUUCAAGUCGAGUAAGAGCUUUUGCACGGCGGCGCAAUAAAGUUGUACUAUUUUCUGUUAUCUUAUUUUCUGUUACAUGUUCACCUUUUUACACUUAACAUCUUUUUUUUUUGUGGUAUUUAUUCAGUGGUUGUGUGCCAUUACCCGUUUAAUAAAACAUCGAGAGUUCCCUCAUGACUGGGCUGGCAAUACGUUGGGUACGGAAGAUGAUUCAACCCUAUAAUGAAAAGUUAGGCUAGUAGCUGUAUGUAACUUUAUUUGUAGUGAAACCCAACCAAACCCCUUAAGAAAAGAGAGAUGAUUUUUGCAUUUUCCUGUUUAUUUGUCAUUUUGCAUCAACAUGUUUUUUUAAAACAGAAGUAGAUAACAGCUAAAAAAAAAAAAAGAAAAACACCGUCAAGCUGUUUUACAUACAUUACAAAAUUUUUACCUCCGAUGCUUGCAGCAGUGACUUCUUCCCUGCUCUCAGAGUGAAGCAAGCAACAGAGUCUGAUGAACAUGCUCAUGGCUCUGCAUUUAUUGCUUAGAAUCUGUGACUCAGGGGUGCAACAGUGGUUUUUUUUAAUCCAACUUCCUUUUUCACAUUAAGUCAAAUUCAGAAACAGUUAAAUCUCCACUAAACAGCUCUUUGACCAGCAUCCAUUGCUUUUUUUUAAAUAAAAAAAGGCUAUUUUCUAUAGAUUAUUUCUCACUAAACAGAUAUCUGAAUAUAUUAUGAUUUUAUAAAUGAUGCAUCGAUGUUUACCGAGAAUGCUUCACGUGCACAAUUCUGAGCUCACCUCCUUGUCCGCAAAGACGCUUGUGUAAAUAUUUAUGAAUAAAUGAGAAGAUACCUCUUUAUAAACUUUAUAUGAACAUUUUUGGAAAGCAUUUCCUCGUGUGUCAUGAUGUCUUUUUGUCCUAACCAUGCUGCACAAACAGAAUAUUUUAAGAGUUCUUCUGAUUUCUUUUGUCCUUGCAGUGUGACGAAAUGAUUUUGAGUCAGAUCAUUGUUGCGUAGCUUUUCCCCAACAUUGUGUCAGAUUAUUGCAGCUUGCACUUGCUGAGUUAAGAAAUCACAAUUUGCAUUUACUUAGUUGAGUUACUCAACACAGCUUACUAACAGAUUGACAUUUAAAAUGUAUAAAAUAAGCAAAAAUAGUAAGAUGGAUUGAUUUGAAGAGGCCACUCUUAUAUUUUUUUUGCAAAACUUUUAUGAUACUUUGCAGCAUUUUAUGGAAACACUGCAUGUUUGCUAAAUAUUGGCAGAUGCUUUCACCUAUAUUCAUCGUGAUUGUUAUUAUUGGCAACAUUGUGGAGCACACUUGGAGGGAUUUCUUCUUUGCCAUGUUAAAUUAAAUUCAUUGACUGGUAAAAAAAAAUGUCAAAUUUACUUACAAAUACUGUAUGGAAUAAUGGUUGAUGUUUGCUCCUACGAGUGCCAAUUAUAUUCUCAUUCAUUAUUUAUUAAACAUCUUUUUUUAAAAGAA